AUGAAUCUCUUAUGUUGGAACUCUCGUGGGCUUGGGAACCCACAGACAGAACAAGAGCUCGGAGAUAUGAUUCGGGCACAAGAUCCCUUACUCGUGUUCCUAGCCGAAACAUGGCUCGAUAAAGCAAGGCUAGAAGCAAUCAAGGUGCGAUAUAAAUUUGGAGGUAUGAUUGAAGUAUCACGGGACAAUAGAGGAGGAGGAGUGGCUAUUUUUUGGAAGGCAGAAUGCGACUUUACAGUUGAUACAUAUUCCCUUAAUCACAUUGAUGCUAUUGUGAAUAAGGGGAAGGAAGAAGAGUGGAGGUUUACAGGAUUCUACGGUGAGCCAGAUACUAAUCUUCGUUAUGAAUCGUGGGAUAAGCUGAGAAGAUUGAAAAACAAAUAUUCGAUCCCGUGGGUAUGUGCGGGGGACUUCAAUGAAAUUACCAAGGGGCAUGAGAAACUUGGAGGAAGGCCAAGACCAGUCAAACAAAUGGAAGCAUUUAGAGAGGUGUUGGAUGAAUGUGGUUUCAAAGACCUGGGAUUUGUAGGGAGUAAAUAUACUUGGUGGAGAGGAAAUGGGGGGAAUAAUACAAUAUGGGAAAGGCUGGACAGAGCAGUGGCUACUACGGAUUGGAUUGAACUUUUCUCGGCUACAAAAGUUGUUCACUUGGAGUGUGGGUCAUCCGAUCAUAAACCCAUAAUUAUUCUACCUAAAGGUAUUACAAAGAGACGGAAGAAGCCUUGGAGAUUUGAGCAGAUGUGGGUAGAGGAUCCGGGGUGUAAAGAGAUUGUUGUUUCGGCUUGGGGCAGAUUCUUUUUAGGAGGUCCAAUGGAUCAGGUGGAAGGAAAAAUUCAGGAGUGCCAACAAAAGCUUAGUUAUUGGAAUCGGCAUAACUUUGGGAACAUUACCAAGUCCUUGAAAGAAAAAAAGGAGCAACUGAGAAAAGCUAAAGAGUUAACAAUCAGGGGAGGGCCGAUGGAUAGGGUGUGCAAAUUGAAAUGGGAGAUUAAUGGACUAUUGAUCAAAGAGGAGAAAAUGUGGAAGCAAAGAUCAAGGGCUUUGUGGCUGCAAGAGGGAGACCAAAAUACACGAUUCUUCCCGUGCUUCACACAGGUAUGGGAGGAACCGGAUUGA